UAGUAUUCACGCGGCACGAUCGCUGGUGCUGCUGCUGUUGUUGCUGCUUCUGCUAGCACCCCGGUCUGCCGUUCUUCGUGUAUUGUUGUCCAAUCGAGCGUACCGACGAACCGGUUUUCGAGCCGGACCACACGCGCCAAUAUCGCUCGUACGGUAUGGCACGAGCUUUUUUUGGGUGGGCGGUCAUUGAACAACGGGAUGUUAUUGGUCGAUCGCCGUGACACAUGCUCGCGUGCACUGGGAUCGGAGAUCUGGUGACGCUGCUAUUUAUCGCAGCGAUUUUAUCGACGAUUCGCGGUAUCUGCACGCGAUCCUAGAUUAUCGAAUUCGCACCGAUCAAUGCCAAUAUGAUCCUAGAUCCUAGCUAGUGCAUUUGUUUUUCUCGUAGAGAAACGCGACGAACGUGAGAGCUCGAAUCUUUCGACAUUGUUCCGUAUUACGUGUGGUGAGUGGCAUUUUAUUUGGUGAUUCGAUUAUCUUUAUCGCUCAUCGCAUUUUUAUGGUGCUCAAGUGAAUGAUAGCUCAAACUUUUUCUAUGAUCUCUACGUAUACGAUUGAUCCGAUCGAGUUUUCUCUAAUUCUUCGCAAUGUUCGCGCGAUAAUUGCUCGUUUUCGCUACCACGUGUUCGUGCUUGGGUUCGAAGAUCGGCGUGGACGAGCAGUGUUAUCAUCGAUUGAUUGUGGUCUCCUAUAAAACCCAUCAAGCUUUGAUGGGGUUGUCACGUGUCGGUGGGACGUUUGUGAACUCGAGAGUCAUCGAGGAACGAAGAGUGUCGUGCUGGAAUUGACUAGUCAGGAUCUGCGGUGAAUGAUGGUUCUUUCGAUCGAUUGCAACUCAUGGCACUGUGCCGAAAGAUUGUAUUCGAUUUACGAGGAAACGGGACUUUACAUUUCAAAAUAUAAAAGAUUAAAUAUUUGCAGCUGUGUAUUAGAAGAUAAAAUUUUAGACGAAUAAAAUUACUUUGGCUCGCCCCAUCGAAAAGUUUAACUUCUGCAAAAGUCGAUGUUGUACCCAACAGAAAUAUAAUAACCCCCAUAAAUCUACCACAAGAAUGAAAGAAUAAAUAAUCCGCGCUGCCAGUUUUAUACAACAAUGCAUACUUAUAUAAAGCAACUUGAAGAAAAUUAUGAAUCAAGCACUUCCUUAUCGCCAACAUUAUAAAGAAGACUUGCUAAAAUUAAUGACGUCCUGAAGAUAAGCUACGCUUGUUUUCCAUUUUGGAAAAGAGUUGGUCCUGUCGCAAAGAAUGUCAGGCUAUUGAGCUUGAUUGACGCAAGAGAUCAUGCAUUCUUGAAGAAUGCUCGCGCGACUCUCCUGGUUCAGCGGCUGAACCGAAUGGAAGGAUGUUUCAUCCGGUGUUCUGACUGCCUAUGGAUAUAUUCGGCCGUUGCAACGGCGGCGGCAGCGGAAGCACGGUAGCCGGAAACGGUGCUGGCUCAGUAAGGACGUCCAGCAACGAAUCCGCGGGUGGUGGCGGUACGUCGAGCGGUACCAGCGAGAGCGGUAGUAGCGCGAGUGGCAGGAUGCAGUUGACAGGAGCCUCGGCACCUGGCGCGGCCGCCUCGCCGGAGUCAGGCGUCUCACCGUUGACCGAUGCUUACACCAAGAUGACCAGUGACAUCCUCGCUGAGAGAACCCUAGGUGACUUUGUUAGUGAACAUCCUGGCGAGCUAGUUAGAACAGGAUCGCCGCAUUUGGUCUGUACCGUUCUGCCUGCGCACUGGAGGUCUAAUAAAACUCUUCCGGUGGCUUUCAAAGUUGUAGCUCUCGGCGAGGUAGGCGACGGCACCUUAGUGACUGUUCGUGCCGGCAAUGAUGAGAACUGUUGCGCCGAGCUUAGAAAUUCGACGGCUCUGAUGAAGAAUCAAGUCGCCAAGUUCAACGACUUAAGGUUCGUCGGCAGAAGCGGAAGAGGUAAAAGUUUCACCUUAACGAUAACAGUGUCGACGACUCCGCCGCAAGUCGCCACUUACUCCAAGGCGAUUAAGGUGACAGUAGACGGGCCGCGCGAGCCGCGAUCCAAGACCAGUGAGUAUCACUUGCUGUCUCUUUUAGGGCAGCAACAACAGUUUCAUGCCUUCGCGUUCGCCUCGCAGCGAGGCGGUCCAUUCUUCGCCUCGCCUUUGGUGGACCCGUUGCAACCUCUGCCAAAUCCGUUGCAACCAUUACCGAAUCCGCUCCAGCCGAGGGAUCCGUUGUCUUCUUUCAGACACGCGAUGCCUGGCAAUUGUCAGAAUAUGUCCCAGUUUGGCCUGACAGCGAGCAAUUCUUGGGGAUACGGUAGCACGGCCGGCUACGCCGGCUACCUUCCGGGUCCCCUUUCGUCGUGCGCCGCACAGGCCUCGUUUCCACCUCCGCCGCCACCCCCUCCGCCACCACCGCCGACGUCUACGUUGGCGUCUUUCGCCGGUACGGCCUCCAUGACUACCCCGACGGCACCGGACUCGACGGCGGGUUCGACUGUCACAUCCGGCACCGGUAAUACCGGCACCACGCCGCAGCAGGACGCUUUUUCCGCGGUCUCCUCUCUCGUACCGGACACCACGACACCGGGUCAGUCCGAUCCGUUGGAUCCGCUGAGCAGCCUCAUGUCCGGUAGCUCGUCCACCCAGAGAUAUCAAGACUACGUGUCACCCAGAUCACUGUCCACUGACUCUAGCACAACCGAGAGUCCGGUGCACGAGGAGCAGGGCUUCGGGCAGAAUUACGGCAACUACUUUCCAACGCCCGGUGUGCUUCCCAGCAUCCUCUACUCCCAGCUGUACGGGAAUCAGUUCCAGAAUCCCGAGAGCGCCGAACAGAGGGCCGUCGCGGACAGUUGCAGCGUGAGGCAAGAAGAAGUCAGACCGGAUAACAACGUCUGGAGACCAUACUGAGAGAGCAAUUUCUUAUCGCACAAUUCGACUGUCGAGAAAUUGGGGAAUUCCUGGAAGACGAGAGGGAAGUAACGCUUAAUAGAUCGCUCUUGAGGCUAUCGGCUGUUGUGACGAGAUCGGUCAAUAAUUCUUACGUGACGUCGUGAUUCUUUGAGAACUAUCCAAGUGUUGAGGACAAUUCUCGAUGGCGAAUUAGCACUAGUGGGCAUUAAAACUCGAUUCGGAAAGAGCUCGGGAGGGGGCCGAAUCCGUUCACCGAGGGACGUUUUUUCCGGAAAGCUUCGGGAAUAUAAAAAUUGUUUUACCGGUUGUGUGUCUCACGCUAAUGAAUCUUAGGGGUGCAAAUGAGCGAAGGGAGAUUUGUAAUUAAGUGAGAACGAAUUGCGUACGAGAGAGCGAGUACGGGUGUGAAAGUGGUGAUGACGACUACAAUAAUGAUAUUCGAAGGCUGUAUAUACGUGUACAUAAAGCUAGAACAUUGUCGUUUCAUCGAAUUAUUAUUCGCCGUCGUUUCCAACGAUGCGAUUUAGUUUUAUCGAUUAUGUUUUCAUAGUAUAUAUAUAAUUGCGAACAACUGCUGCGGGAUCGUGCAAUAUUGUCGAGACUGCCAAUAUCGGCGAUUAGCUUCGUUUCUUUUUGUAAAUACAUAUAUCUUUCGUAUAUCUACGUUGCGCGCGUUCUGUUUUCCCUCCAUUCGCGUUUACUUGAAAAACCUAUCUUUUAGACUGAAGAAAUCCGGCUCCACGCUUUCGGCAAGAUAUUUGCAGCGACCCUGAGUUAUCUUGAGAAAUCGACUGAUUCGCGAAAGGCUAUCACGUGCGGUCACGUUCGGGUCAAGCCAACCGAUAAAAUCGAAUAGGUUUCGAUUCGCGUGGGGUGAAAAAGUUUCCUGUCGCGUGAAAAUGUCGCUGCGGGGGGAGCGCGCGAGCUGCGAAGUGCUCGCAAGUAUUCAACGAACGUAUGAACGAACGUGCCGGCAUCGAAGAUCUUACAUCGAAAUUUCUGCCAAAGAAACGAAAGCUCGAGGAACAACUCGCGAAGCAGUUUCGCGAGAAGCACCGUGCCGCGCCGGCAAGAAGCUUAUUCGUUUUUGUAAACCGGCGACGGGUGCACUCUGCGUUUCCAAAAAAAAAUGAUUUCCGAUAUACAUAUCUACCGACCUAUUGUUAUCGUAGUUUUUGACCGAGUCGAAGUAAAAGUGUAUUUCAAAAUAUAA